AUGGGGAAGCUAUGGGUUGGUGUGAUUUCUCUCUUUUUCGUUUGUGCUACCACAACCCUCUUUUCCGGAGCCAAUAGUUGCUUGGAAAACGAAAGGCGAGCUCUUCUCCGAUUCAAACACAGCCUUGCAUUGGACCCUUUGGAUUCUGGUCGAGUAUCAUCUUGGGAUGGAAACAACUGUUGCCACUGGCAACACGUGGCCUGCGACAAUGCAACCGGACAUAUUACCAGGCUUGAUCUCAGAAUCGAUUUUCGUAGCAACAAGUGGCAAGACGAGGGAAAGGAGUUGGAUCCGUCUUUGGCUGAGUUGACUCGUUUGACUUAUUUGGACUUGAGUGGGAUCAAAUUUCGCAGCAACCCGAUUCCUGAGUUCAUCGGAUCCAUGACACAACUCAGAUAUCUGAAUCUUUCUGAUACGGGCUUUUCUGGCAUCGUUCCUCAUUGGAUCGGAAAUCUGUCGAAUUUGCGUGAACUUAGUCUCAGUGAAAGGGGCUUGGUCAUUGAUGAUUUCAGAUGGUUUUGGAGUCUUUUGGCACUCGAGCAUCUUGAUCUCAGCAGAUUGAGCAUCGGUGAAGCUCCAAAUUUAGACAAGGUACUGUUGCAUAUGAUUCUUUCUUUACGAUCUUUACGCCUGUCGGGAUGCCAACUCUUUAAUUCCCAUUUCAGUCACACCCAUCUCAAUUCAAAUAUCACGCUUUCCACCAUUCAAACACUUGAUCUUAGUGGAAAUUUGUUUGAAGGCGAGUUCCCUCUGUUUUUACAAAACUUGACGUCUUUACGGGUCCUUGAUCUUUCAUACAACCUCCUCAAUGCUUCAAUUCCUGUCAUGAACGGCAUUCUGGAACUCUAUCUUGGGGGAAAUAGAUUUCCACGUAUACAAGAUAUUGGGAUGUGGAGACUCUGCAGGAUAAAAGUGUUGGAUCUCUGGGAUAAUAAUAUGGAAGGGGAACUCACGGGGCCAUCAACCGAAUGUCCCCAAUUUGCUAUGGAGAAACUACAUCUAAGCAGGAACAGGUGUAGCAGUGAAAUCCCGACAUCACUACAAAGGCUUACGGCCUUGACAAGCUUGCAUCUUGAUCACAACCAGUUGACAGGAAGGAUCCCUGAAUCUCUAGGAAACUUAAAGAGCUUGCAGGAGUUGGAUCUUUCCUCCAACAACUUAACAGAUUUGAUUCCAUUUUCCAUGAGACAGUUAUCGAGACUAGAAAUUUUGUAUCUUAACUCCAAUUCCUUGUUAUCGAUUCCAUCAUGGAUUGGAAACCUCUCAGAACUACGGUCUCUUGAUUUAUCCUCAAACUUAUUACAAGGGCCUCUUCCGGAUACCAUCGGACAACUUUCUAAGCUCGUGUUUCUGGAUAUAUCAAACAAUUCUUUAUCUGGUGUUGUCACAGAAGCCCAUUUCGAAAACACAUCCAUGUUAAAACAUUUCGAUGCAACUUCAAACCACGGAUUGACCUUCAAGAUUCCUCCCAAUUGGAAGCCUCCUUUCCAAAUAAGAAACCUUAUGCUCGAAUCUUGCAAAAUCGAAUCAGAGUUUCCACCUUGGAUUCAAACACAAAGGAGUAUUCGAAUUCUCAUCCUUUCCAAAACUAGCAUUUUCGGACCUCUUCCAGAUUGGCUUCACCAGCUCCCGAUCUUUCUAAUACUCGAUCUCUCCCACAACUUUCUCCAUGGUCCAUUGACAAAUCUUCCAUUCAACCAAACAACCGAGUCCUCAACUCCUGCUCCGUUCGAUUUAAGGUUUGCAAAUUAUGAAGGUGAACAAUUAGGAGUGUUGCUUCUUAAGAACAAUCUCUUCAAUGGAUCGAUUCCGGAUUCAGUGUGUAACGCUACAGAUUUAUUUGUUCUCGAUCUUUCGAGAAAUACACUUUCCGGGUCCAUUCCAGAUUGCUUGGGAAACCUUUCGCAACUGAUGGUCAUGAUAUUAAGUUCCAACCGGCUAUCCGGUGUCAUUCCGAGCUCUCUAGGCAAUCUUGACUCUUCUCUAUAUUGGAUACAUCUAAACAACAAUAGCUUCCAUGGUCAAGUUCCGGAAACUCUAGCAAAUUGCACAAGUUUAAAUGUGUUGGAUUUGGGUGAAAACCGGUUCUCUGGAAGCAUACCGAAAUGGAUUGGUGAAAAGAUCACGUCUCUGUCAAUUCUCAGACUACAUAAGAACAAUUUCUCGGGUCUAAUUCCUGUAGAGUUAUGUAAAUGCACAACACUCCAAAUCAUGGAUCUUGGAUAUAAUAACUUAACAGGAAAGAUCCCUGGCUGCUUCCAGAACUUUAGUGGAAUGAUCCAAUCAGGUGGCUACAGUAUUUAUUUUUACAGAGAGUUCGAGCAAAGUUUGAUCCAGGGAAUGAAAGGAAUGCCCCUCGAGUACACAACAACAAUGACAUACGUCAUCAACAUGGACCUUUCCAGCAAUAAACUAGUUGGGGAAAUACCCGAAAACUUGGUACUUCUUGCGGGAUUGCUGGGUCUUAACCUGUCCAACAACCACCUCACAGGUCACAUUCCAGAUAGAAUAGGUGAUAUGCAUUCGUUAAUGUCUCUUGAUCUUUCUAGAAACCAACUUUCAGGGAUAAUCCCACAGAGUAUGUCAUUAUUGACGUUUCUUAGUCAUCUGAAUUUGUCACACAACAAAUUAUCAGGGCGAAUUCCAACAGGAAGUCAGCUCCAGACAUUCAAUAAUCCAUCCAUAUAUGCAGGCAAUAACGAGCUCUGUGGUAAGCCACUGCCGAUCAACUGCAACAGUAAUCAAGUCCAACUAGAAAAUGCAGGAAACGCUCAGGAAGAUGAAGACGACGAUGAGAUGUGGGUUUAUGGUGCUACAAGCGGUUUUGCGACCGGGUUUUUGGGAAUUUUGGGAAUUCUGGCGCUUAACAACAGAUGGAGACUUGCUUUGUUUAAAUUUGUGGGAGGUUUCAUCGGCUGGACAACUUAA